UUCUAAGCUGAGGAACUGGCGGGCGAUUGCGAUGGAGUCGGUCGCUUCAGAGAGUUCUCCAGCUCCGGAGAAUGAGCACCUCCAAGAGAACCCAGAAUCAAACAAUGGUGUGUAUACAUCCUUCAUGAAGUCACAUUGCUGCUACGACCUGAUCCCCACAAGCUCCAAGUUGGUUGUGUUUGAUACUUCCCUGCAGGUAAAGAAAGCUUUCUUUGCCCUGGUGACAAAUGGUGUUUGAGCCGCCCCUCUGUGGGAUAGUAAGAAGGAGAGUUUUGUGGGCAUGCUGACCAUCACUGACUUCAUCAACAUCCUGCACCGAUACUAUAAAUCAGCCUUGGUACAGAUCUAUGAACUGGAAGAACACAAGAUAGAAACUUGGAGAGAGGUAUACCUGCAAGACUCCUUCAAGCCACUGGUCUGCAUUUCUCCAAAUGCCAGUUUGUUUGAUGCGGUCUCUUCACUAAUUCGAAAUAAGAUCUAUAGGCUUCCAGUUAUCGACCCAGAGUCAGGCAAUACCCUGUACAUCCUUACUCACAAGAGCAUCCUCAAAUUCCUCAAGUUGUUUAUCACUGAGUUCCCCAAGGCAGAAUUUAUGUCUAAGUCUCUGGAAGAGCUGCAGAUUGGCACCUAUGCCAACAUUGCUAUGGUCCGUACUACCACGCCUGUCUACGUGGCUCUAGGCAUCUUUGUUCAGCACCGAGUUUCGGCCUUGCCUGUGGUGGAUGAGAAAGGGCGUGUUGUGGACGUCGACUCCAAGUUUGAUGUGAUUAAUUUGGCAGCAGAAAAGACCUACAACAACCUCGAUGUGUCUGUGACGAAAGCUCUGCAGCACCGGUCCCACUACUUUGAGGGUAUUCUCAAGGGCUAUCUCCACGAGACGCUGGAGACCAUCAUCAACAGACUGAUGGAAGCGGAGGUUCACCGUCUGGUGGUGGUGGAUGAGAAUGAUGUGGUCAAGGGCAUUGUAUCGCUGUCUGACAUGCUGCAGGCUCUGGUACUCACAGGUGAAGAGAAAAAGCCCUGAGCAUGGGGAGGGACAGGCAGCUCAUUGGCUC